AUGGCAUUUUUAGAGUGGCGACGUUUUGCAUUUUUUGAUGUCCAUAAGAACAUUGAUAAUGGAAAAAUUGCAGAAUGUCUUCAGGACACUCAUGUAACUGUAGCAACUAGCGGAAAUAACCAUGUGGUUCUUUGUGACCUAACUGGAUGGGCUCAUCUUAUUUCCCGAACUUGGGAAAUUACAUCGUUCAAAGCUUAUGAGCUUAUAAUUACACAUGCUCAACAGUUACCCCAUGAUCCUCUGCUGGUGACAAUCGGGGAAGAUGAAGCUGGUGUUACUCCAUUGAUCAAAGUAUGGGAUUGGUCCAGAGUUGAUAGACAUGGUAACCCUAAGUGUGUCAAGACAUCUAGAGCAGUUCCAUCACAUAUGUUUCCAACUCCUGCCACAGCGCUGGCAGUGCAUGAGAAUAAAAAUCUUCUAGCUGUUGGAUUUCAAGAUGGUUCUGUGGCAUUAUUCCGCGGCGAUAUAUCUAGACAGCGAAGUGGAAAAAUGAAGACACUCUCAGAUACUGGAUCAAGCCCUAUCACUGGACUUGCUUUCAAGGAUGCAGAUAAAUUAUUUGUAGUCUCACGCAGCUCUGUGAUGGUCUGUUGUCUAAAUAGCGAUCGCUGUACUGUGUUAGACUCGAUGGGGGCAGUUGCUGGAUGCAGUGUGCUUGCUGAUAGGCAUCGUUUAACUGUAGCUACCAGUGAGGCAAUUUAUUGCUACACAACCGAAGGUCGUGGUCCGUGUUACGCUCUCGAAGGUGAGAAACUUCGUCUGAACUGGUUCAGGAGCUACCUAGUCAUCACGACAUCGGAAACGUCCACCAAACCAUCCAACUCAUCCACCACUCCGAAAUCACAUCACGUGACCAUAUUGGACAUUCAGAAUAAAUUCAUAGUUUUUUCAAAGACGUUUGAAGAAAUAGAUGCAGUUUUAACGGAAUGGGGUUCGUUCUAUAUACUCACGAAGAACAAAGAGAUGAUAUAUUUGGACGAGAAGGAUCUGCAGUCGAAGCUAUCGUUGCUAUUCAAAAAGAACCUCUAUGACGUGGCAAUAAGGAUAGCGAGUAGCCAACAUUAUGACGCUGAGGGAUUGACGGAAAUUUACAAGCAGUAUGGUGAUCAUUUGUAUAGUAAGGGCGAUUUCAAGGGUGCAAUAUAUCAAUACGUGAAAACGAUAGGUUGGCUUGAGACGUCCUACGUGAUUCGCAAAUAUCUGGAACCGAGACAUUUGGAACCGCUAAUACAAUAUUUAGAAGAGUUACAUAAGAAGGGGUACGCAACCGAAGACCAUACCACGUUAUUGCUCACGUGUUACGUGAAGAUAGAUCAACACGACCAACAGGGCAAGCUGAAACUGUUCAUCAAUUCCAAAGACAAGGCGAUCGAUUUUGAUGUCGACGUGGCUAUCAAAGUAGUUCGUCAAGUGAGCGUCGACGAUGCACUAUCGCUCGCCGCUAACCACAACCGUCACGAUUGGUUCCUAAAAAUGAUGAUCGAAGACAAGAAAGAAUACAAGCAAGCACUCGACUACAUAGCUGAACUCGAAUUCGACGACGCGGACUGUUAUAUGAAGAAAUAUGGCCACAAGCUGAUACAGCAUGAACCAGAUGAAAGCACCGAUUUGCUAAAAUUGCUCUGCACGGACUAUAAACCGCGAAGUCGUCCCCUAGUAGACGAGUCCUCCCUCGCUGGCCGUUAUAAGGAACCAGACAGAUCAUUUCCCGAUGACUUCAUACACAUGUUCCUAAGCAACUCCGAAAGGCUUAUUACCUUCCUAGAACACAUGAUAUCCACAGACAUUAAAUGCUCUACACUUGUAUAUGAUGCGCUCAUAGAGCACUAUAUUCACGUGUGGGCGAAGUCGACAGACAUUGAAAAACAGACUUACGAACAAAAGAUACUUGGCGUGUUGAAGGACCCGCAAUCGAACUAUGAUAAAGACCACACCUUAAUCAUCUGUCAAAUGUUAGGCUUCAAAGCCGGUAUACUUCACCUGUACGAAGAGAAAAAAUUAUGGCGUGCGCAAGUGUCCCUGCACCUGCGCAGCGGCGAGGCUGAAAAAGCGCUGGCCGUGUGUCGUCGACGAGGUGACGCGUGUCCGAGAUUAUGGCUGGAUGUGCUGUGGGCGCCACCGCCCCCCUCUUGUCUACCAGAUUUGCUUCAAGUUAUCGCGGCGGAAAAACUGAUGUCACCUAUUCUCGUGAUAGAUUGCUUGGCGAGUACUCCGACCUACACCCUUGGAGACGUUCGGAAAUAUCUAAUGGACGUAUUGAAAUCUGAAGACGAAGUAAUAACACGAGAACAAGAGUUGGCGACUAAGUAUGCAUCGGAGAUUGAGAAGAUGAAGGCUCACAUCCAGGUCAUACAGAACGAACCAGUCACCUUCCAGAGUUCCAGAUGUGCGGCUUGCAAUCGGCAACUAGAGUUACCUACUGUGCAUUUCCUCUGCCAACAUUCCUAUCAUCAGGACUGUUUCCAAACGUACAGCGAGAGUGAGCGCGAAUGUCCGGCCUGCGCCAGUCCAGCGCGAAGACCUGACUCCCUUCCCCAUGCAGCCGAGGCGCUACAUUCUAGAUUGCAGCAGCAGCACGAUCCGUUUGCAGUAGUUUCGGAGUAUUUCGGCCGCGGCCUCUUCAAUAAAGUGACGGUGGUUACGGAGCCGCCUUCCCCUAGCCCGCCCCAGUCGGCGCCCGCGCAACCAGCACAGGCUGCGGCGCCGACAAGCAUACUAAACUAUGGGCCUGGCGCCGAGGCUAAACUAAGACUACAAGAGGGACAGAGUAAACAAUUAUACGUGUCAACCGCAGCGAAGCAGAUGGCGCCAAAAGGUUCCAGCGUGGUGCCGGUCCCCGAAGGUCGAAUGCGGGUGCUAGAACAGCAGCAGUACAGUUCCAGUCUGGAAGCGAACAUGACGCGCCUCGAACCCGUUCACGAGAUCAAACGCGACAAGGUACCACUUAGAAUAUCCCCCACGCCUAUCUCCGGCGCCAUCUCUAACGGUAACCCCUUCGAAGAUACGUACGACGAGGCCAAAAACCCCUUCGCAGAAGAAGAAGAGGAAGACACAGACCCCACUAACCCCUUUGCAGAGAAUGACGAUUACGAUAAAAAUCUCAAUCCUUUCGCUUCGUGA